AUGCAAACAGCUGAUCUGCUCGGAAUGCAAUAUAAAGAGAGUCCUAUUGAUUUGGGCUAUGUCAUGGACUUGGAUAAUGGCUAUUUGAGCUACGGUUCUCAGACUAACUCUCUAUUAACUCCAUUAGAUACCAGUCCUGAAAGCAAUGGCGAGGGUCCUUCUCCUCUCAAUGACGGUAGUAUUAGUGCGUCUUUAUACGACGGUAUUCAUGGACUCAUGAAAAAGUCUGCUUUAGGCUCUGGAGAUGGCAUGAAUAUCAACAAUAACAACAACAACAACCAAAGCUCGACUGAUAUGUCUUUGGCUGCUCAAAGUUUGCUUUCUCCUUCUGAAGGAUCCGACUCGCCUAUGGAAGGAGUUACCACCAUGAACCAACAACAGCAACAACCUAGUAAUAACAGCAAUAAUGCUACUGGUUAUAACCCUAGUGGCGUGAUAAAUGUACCUGGUCAUGUUAAUAACAAUGGUUCCAUGCCAAUGGAUGGCUACUCUUAUCAAGGUUCUCAGGCUGGUCCUGGUACGUCGACUACUGACCCAAGUCAUCGAUUAACAACUGCUAGCAUCAAUAUUCGACACGAUGCUACUGCCACUACAACUCCUGCUCAGUACGACAACUCGUUCAGCUUUACUCAUUCCGGUGAUGAAGAUGUGACCAAACAAAAUAAUGCAUUUGAGUUCUCUUUGGAUCCUCUGACCAUUGAAGGACUUUCUGGAUCUAUCUCCUCGUCAUACCAAGAUUUUUUCAACCAAGACGCUUCUCAGGAUUUGUCAGGCCAGUUCACUGCUAAUCAAAACUUUUACAACAACCCUAAUAGUAAAAUGUCCAGUACAAGUCAUAGUCGCAACAGCAGUAUUGUCGACAACCCCAACUCGAACUCGUUUUCGUUUGGUAAUGGGUUCUCUUUCUUCGAUCCUGUGUCCAACAAGUCAUCAAGUGCAUUGAACUCGGGCUUUUCCAGUUUAUCUGUCAGUCCCAAUGUCAGUUCUAGCGGGUUCAGAUCCAGAAGAUCCAUUUCCCACCUCACCAAAUCCAGAAGAUCCAGCAUGAUAGGCGCUGCUCCCAGUAGUAUUUCUGGCAGUGUUCCUCGUACUCAUUUCGAACUGUUUGAUGAGUACGAUGAGACGAACUCGAACAUGGUUACUCCUAUGCUAUCACCUGAAGCACUGUCACCGUCCGUCGGUUCACCUGUUUCAACUACCAACCAAAUGUCCUUUUCCAUGAACCACAUUAGCGAAAUGUACGGUACUGUGCCCAAUCCAGCCUUUUCUCCUAAGAAAAUUGCCCGAACCGAGUCUCAAAUCAAUGCUUCAUCGCUACUGCAUCAAAGUCUUCUAAAGAGAACACCAAGCGAAGCGCGGGUUUCUCAAAUCCAACAGACAAACUCUGCACUUCAAAGUCAACUUCAACAGCAAUUAAAGCAGCAGCAACAGCAACAGCAGCAAUCUCAAGUCCAACAACAAUCUGCUAUAUCGCAAGAUUCUCCAUCACCUAAUACCUCAUCAGGAGUGACAUCUCCUGUCCCUGCAACUGUGAAAGCUGUACCAGUGAAAGCUCCUGUUCAACCUAACCAACCAAAACUUGAACAAAUCUCUGCUUCAGCACCAGCAACUUCUGUUUCUGAUGCCGCUGCCGCUGCUGCUGAUAACCGACCUCCCCCAGAAUGUACCAACUGUCAUACCCGUACCACUCCUCUAUGGAGAAGAAACGCCGAAGGUCAACCCUUAUGUAACGCAUGUGGUCUGUUUCUCAAGUUACACGGUGAAGUCCGUCCAUUGUCAUUAAAGACUGACUUUAUCAAGAAACGAAACAGAGGACCUGGAUCGUCUGCAUCUUCACAAGGAUCCAAUUCACGAGAAGGAAGUAUGACCAACAUCGCGUCCUGGGGUUCUCAAGCAUCUACAUCGGUCUCAUCAGGUGCCAUUCCAAUUACCACACGACAGGCGGGACCUACAUCUGUCGCUUCAAGUGGAAGCUCCUGGUCAGCCGUCAAUGCUCGUUCUGCUGCUUCGUUACAAAGAACGUCAGUCACUCACGUUCCUAUUGCACCCAAACCAAUAGCUCUUGCACCGGCACCUCCGCGUCAAACUUCUGGUAUCGAUUUGAAACCACAGUCUUUGAAUGAAUACCGUAUGCAGAAACUUCGACGAGCCAGUGGCGGUGUCAACAAACCCAUCAGCCGUCAGAACUCGCUCAACUCGGUCUCCUCCGUCAAACUCGAAUCAGCCAGUCCCAUCUCCAUCUCUCCCCGUGUCCAGCAACCAUCCAAACCCACCGUCUCCAUCUCCUCAACCCCCGUGGCCGUCACCCCCAACGGCAUGCGCCAUCUCAGCACCGGCCCCUCAUCGGUCCCACGCUCCGACGCCCAUCCCACACCUCCACCCGCCCAACCGACCUCGGUCGAGGCUGACAGCAAAUGGAACUGGCUGAAAAUGUGA